AUGAGGGGUGUGAAGCUAUUCGAAGUGCGAGGGAAGUUGAGUCCCCGAUACAUUGGGCCGUACAAGGUGUUGGAGCGAAUUGGUGCGGUGGCUUACCGGCUUGCAUUGCCGCCUAAGCUCGCCGAUGUGCACAAUGUAUUCCACGUCUCCAACCUUCGCAAAUACAUCCACGACCCUGAGCACGCUUUGUUGUAUGAGCAGCUGGAACUUCAAGAGGACAUGAGCUAUGAAGAGUUUUCGGUGAUGAUUAUUGCUCGAGAGGUGCGCAAGUUGAGAAAUCGCAAGAUUCCCUACGUCAAGAUCUGGUGGAGUAAUCACGACGAUCGCGAAGCCACGCGGGAACUCGAGGAAACCAUGGAAGCGCAUCAUCCCCACCUCUUUGAGGAGUGA